AAACACGAGACUCCCGUUGGUAAUGGCCGCUGUCUUCCUCACGUUGCCGUCAUCGCCGAUUUUUCCGCCGACGGCCCGAGUUCACGCCGGCCGGAGAGGGGUCUUCGUCGCCAGAGCGAGCGCUAGGGCUCCCAUGAUCGCACCGAUGUCGGAAGCCAUGGACGCUGAGAACGGAGGGAGGGGACAGCGGAAUAUGCCGCACGUUCUUACGGUCGCCGGCUCGGACUCCGGCGCCGGCGCCGGAGUCCAGGCCGACAUCAAGGCGUGCGGGGCGCUCGGGGUUUACUGCUCUUCGGUUAUCACCGCCGUCACGGCGCAGAACACCGUCGGCGUUCAGGGAGUUCAUCCGGUUCCGGAGGAGUUCGUAGCAGAGCAGUUGCGAUCAGUGCUUUCCGACAUGGAAGUCGAUAUAGUGAAGACAGGGAUGCUUCCUUCGGUUGGAGUAGUUAAAGUUUUAUGUGAUAGUCUUAAAGAGUUCCCUGUUCGAGCUUUAGUGGUGGACCCAGUUAUGGUAUCUACAAGUGGGGAUAUGCUUUCUGAACCAUCUAACCUUGCUGGGUAUCGGAACGAGCUUUUUGCGAUGGCUGAUAUUGUUACCCCAAAUUUGAAAGAAGCAUCAGCUCUACUUGGGGGUGUGUCUCUGAGAACAGUGGCUGACAUGUGUUCUGCAGCAAAAUCCAUACAUAAUUUAGGUCCUAGAUAUGUGCUUGUGAAGGGUGGGGAUUUACCAGAUUCGUCAGAUGCCAUUGAUAUAUUCUUUGAUGGAGAAGAAUGUCAUGAGCUAUAUGGAUCACGCAUAAAGACUCGCAACACUCAUGGAACUGGGUGCACUCUGGCUUCAUGUAUAGCAGCAGAGCUAGCAAAAGGUUCUCCAAUGUUGCAUGCUGUUCAGACAGCCAAGGCCUUUGUGGAGAGUGCUCUUAAUUAUAGCAAGGAUAUUGUCAUUGGGAAUGGACCUCAAGGGCCUUUUGAUCACCUAUUCAGGCUUAAGAGUCAGAACGACAAUGUAGGCCUGAAACCACAAUUUGAUGCAAAUGAUCUGUUUUUGUAUGCUGUCACUGAUUCUGGAAUGAACAACAAGUGGGAUCGUUCGAUUACAGAUGCUGUUAAAGCUUCCAUCGAAGGAGGUGCCACGAUUAUUCAGUUAAGAGAAAAGGAUGCUGAAACACGAAAUUUUGUGGAAGCAGCUAUGGCGUGCAUGGAAAUUUGCCGGUCCCAUGGUGUGCCGCUGCUGAUCAAUGAUCGGGUCGAUGUUGCCCUUGCUUGUGAUGCUGAUGGUGUGCAUGUGGGACAGUCUGACAUGCCAGCACGAGUUGUUCGCAAGUUAUUAGGACCACGAAAGAUCAUUGGUGUCUCCUGCAAGACCCCAGCUCAAGCUGAACAGGCCUGGAUCGAUGGUGCUGACUACAUUGGCUGUGGUGGUGUUUUUCCAACUACCACAAAGGAAAACAAUCUUACUAUCGGAUUGGAUGGCUUGAAGGCUGUUUGUUUGGCCUCCAAGUUGCCAGUGGUUGCAAUUGGUGGUAUCGGUCCCGGGAAUGCUCAUUCAGUGAUGAAAAUUGGUGCCCCGAAUCUGAAAGGUGUUGCAGCAGUAUCUUCUCUAUUUGAUCGUGCUUGUAUUGUUAGCGAAGCCCAAAGGCUGAGGUCGGUCUUGAUGGAUGCAUCAUCAAGGGCAAGGUUAUCAGUUUGAGCUCCUAGAAACACAGUUUAUUUUUUCCAUGGAAGAGGACUCAAGCUCUGUAUGCUUCAUCUUUUGACGAGUAUUGCAAAUAAUACCUGGAAUGACUCAACUUAUAGGAAUUGUUGGCGAUCAGGUGGAUGUGUGCUCUUUUACUAUUUUUGUGGACAUUUAGAUGGCUAAUUAUGAAAUGACAUGGAUAGGUGUAACAUAGCUUUUGUUCUUUUAAAA